AUGCGACAAAAUAGACUGCUGGGAGGGUGUCUGAUACCUCUAGCAUGGUCCAUCAUCUUCUUUGGUGGGCUGGCCAAUGCCAGUAUAGGUGACAGGUUGCCAGAAUUCCGGCAAUGUCUCCAGGACUGCGAAAAGGCAAAUUGUGGUGCAGAUGGACCUGCAAUAUCACUCCAUCAUAAACUCCUCCUAUGGAACUGCCCAUCAGAAUGCGAUUACACAUGCCAACACAUCGUCACCGAUCAACGCCUCGCCCGUGAUCCACCCUACCUCGAACCCGUCGUCCAAUUCCACGGCAAAUGGCCAUUCUAUCGAUUCCUCGGGAUGCAAGAGCCAGCCUCCGUUCUCUUCAGCCUGCUGAACUUCCUGGCUCAUGACUGGGGCAUGAAAUCCAUACGAGAAAACAUACCCGCGAGAUACCCUUUACGAAAGUACUACUUGGCAUUUGGAUACUUUGGAUUGGCGAGCUGGGUGUUUAGUAUGCUCUUCCACACUCGGGACUUUGGCGUGACGGAAAAGUUGGACUAUUUCGCGGCGGGAGCAAGCGUCAUGUAUGGCAUGUUCUACACACCCAUCAGAAUCUUCCGGCUGGAUCGCACGGAAACGCUGGGUCCGAGCAAGACGGGUACUGUGCUGAGAUUGUGGACGCUGCUGUGCGCAACUGCAUAUCUCGGUCAUGUGUCGUACUUGGCAUUCUGGAGGUUCGACUACACCUACAACAUGGCGGCAAAUGUGGUGGUGGGGUUGAUUCAAAAUGUGCUGUGGACAUGGUUCUCCGUACAGAGGUUUAGGAAAGUCGGGAGGCUGUGGGCGGCUUGGCCUGGUCUGAUAGUGUUCUGGAUCCUGUUCGCAAUGAGCCUGGAGUUAUUUGACUUUCCGCCGUGGAAGGGAAUGGUGGAUGCACAUGCGCUGUGGCAUCUGGGCACUGUUGGGCCUACGAUAUGGUGGUAUAGAUUCUUGGUGAAGGACGCAACGGAGGAUCUGCAGAGUCAGAGGUUGAAGCAGUAG